CAUUCAUGCCGUGCUGAGACUUCACACUAGGAAAGUGCGAGCGGAGCUUUACACACUGCUGCCGAGAAAAUGCACGCAAGUUUGAGAUUUUACGCAUGGCAAGGAUAAUAAUCCAAGGCAUCAAAAGCACAAGGAGAACGGCCAUGGAGAUUCAGAUGAUGGUGUAAACGACAACUCUGUGCCAAGAGAGAAAGCUGCCAAGAGGACAUUGGGUCAUUAAGCCCUCUCCUCAUCACAGCCUAACUGACACUGUCCAGGUUGUUUCCGGGCCUCGAAUCAGAAAGGUGAAGAUCACCUGGCCUAUCACUUCCUUUUCAAAAGAUACAAAAAAAUGCUGCCUUAUGGCAGGAGGCCCCUUCCCGCCUCUCUUUGCGAGGCCUUCCUCCUCCUCUUCUUCCUCUCUCUCAUUCCUCAUCAUGGGGGGCUUGAGGUUGACCUCUCUUCCUUCCGAACCUUCACCCCACCAGAGGGAGGGCUUACGCACCUGGUCGUCCAUAACAAAAUGGGUGAAGUCUAUGUCGGUGCUGUCAAUUGGAUCUACAAACUUUCCAGCAACCUGACCAAGCUUCGAAGCCAUGUUACAGGUCCUGUGGUGGAUAAUGAAAAAUGUUACCCACCACCUGGUGUACAGUCCUGUCCUCACGAGCUGUCACAGACUAGCAACGUUAACAAGUUGUUGCUGCUGGAUUCAGGCCAGAACAGGCUCAUUGCAUGCGGAAGCACCUCGCAGGGUAUAUGCCAGUUCCUUAGACUGGAUGACCUCUUUAAAUUGGGUGAGCCACAUCACCGCAAAGAGCACUACCUUUCAAGUGUGUCUGAGGCAGGCACUAUGUCAGGCGUGGUUAUUAGCGGAACACAAGGUGAAGAUAGUGGUAAAUUAUUUGUAGGUACACCCAUUGAGGGCAAAUCAGAGUACUUCCCAACUCUCUCCAGUCGUAAGCUGAUGGCCAAUGAGGAGAAUGCUGAUAUGUUCAGCUUUGUCUACCAGGAUGAGUUUGUCUCUUCGCAGCUCAAGAUUCCAUCGGACACUCUAUCAAAGUUCCCUACUUUUGACAUCUACUACGUCUAUGGCUUCAGCAGCGAACAGUUCAUCUAUUAUCUAACCCUCCAACUGGACACCCAACUCACCUCACCGGAUGCCAGUGGUGAACAGUUCUUCACCUCCAAGAUUGUCCGUCUUUGUGUGGAUGACCCCAAGUUCUACUCCUAUGUGGAGUUUCCCAUUGGCUGUACCAAGGAUGGGGUGGAAUACCGGCUGGUUCAAGACGCCUAUCUCAGUCAACCCGGUGCCAAGCUAGCACGAUCGUUGGGUAUCUCUGAACAAGAGGAGGUGCUGUUUACUAUUUUUGCUCAAGGCCAAAAGAACCGGGCCAAGCCACCGAAAGAAUCAGCCCUUUGCUUGUUCACACUGCGUAAAAUCAAGGAAAAGAUUAAGGAAAGGAUCCAAUCCUGCUACCGUGGUGAGGGCAAACUGUCCCUGCCCUGGCUCCUAAACAAGGAAUUGAACUGUAUCAAUUCACCUUUGCAAAUAGAUGACAACUUUUGCGGCCAGGACUUUAACCAGCCUCUAGGGGGCACUACCACUAUUGAGGGGAUUCCUCUAUUUCUGGACAAAGAUGAUGGAAUGACCUCCGUGACAGCAUACGACUAUCGUGGGCAAACCGUAGCCUUUACUGGCACUCGUAGUGGCAAGAUGAAGAAGAUCUUGGUGAACUCUAUUAGCCAGCCUGCACUGCUGUAUGAGAAUGUGGUGGUGAGCGAAGGAAACACAAUUCUGAGGGACAUGCUCUUCAGCCCAGACCACCAAUACAUCUACACACUCACAGAUAAAGAGGUAAGCAGGGUGCCGGUGGAGAGCUGUGAGCAGUACAGCACCUGUAAUGAAUGUUUGGAAUCUGGUGAUCCACACUGCGGCUGGUGUGUCCUACACAAUGUUUGUUCUCGUAAGGACCACUGUGAGAGAGCUGAUGAGCCCCAGCGCUUUGCUUCCAAACUAGAGCAGUGUGUCAGUCUGACGGUUCAGCCCAACAAUAUUUCAGUCACCAUGUCUAAAGUUCAGCUGGUUCUUCAAGCUCAGAAUAUUCCUAGUCUGGUGGCGGGUGUUAACUGCUCGUUUGAAGACUACACUGAGACAGAGGGACAUAUAAUGGGGGGACGCAUCUACUGUCUGUCCCCCUCCGCACGGGAAAUAGCUCCCAUGACUCGCAACCAGGGUGACAAGCGAGUGGUGAAGCUCUAUCUGAAAUCCAAGGAGACAGGGAAAAAGUUUGCCAGCGUGGAUUUUGUCUUCUACAACUGCAGUGUCCAUCAGUCGUGUCUCUCUUGUGUGAACGGCUCCUUUCCAUGCCACUGGUGCAAAUACCGCCACAUGUGUACUCAUAAUGCCAACGACUGCUCCUUCCAGGAGGGCCGCGUCAACAUGUCUGAGGAGUGUCCUCAGAUUAUGCCAUCCACCCAGAUCUACAUCCCUGUUGGCAUCAUGAAGCCCAUUACCCUGUUGGCCCGAAACCUUCCACAGCCCCAGUCUGGCCAGAGGAACUAUGAAUGCAUCUUCUAUAUUCAAGGGAAAGAGUACAGUGUCACGGCAUUGCGCUUCAACAGCACUAGUAUACAGUGUCAGAAGACCAUGUAUGACUACGAAGGAAAUGACAUCAGCGACCUAUCUGUGGACCUCUCGGUUGUGUGGAAUGGAGAUUUCGUCAUUGACAACCCCUACAAUAUCCAGGCACACCUGUACAAGUGUUACGCCAUGCGGGACAGCUGUGGCAUGUGUUUAAAGGCAGACCCUCGCUUCGACUGUGGCUGGUGCAUUCAGGAGAAGAAGUGUUCUCUGAGACAGGAGUGUGCUCCUCCAGAAAGCACCUGGAUGAACCCCAGCACGGCAAACAGCCGCUGUGCACACCCCAAAAUCACCAAGCUGUUUCCUGAGACCGGUCCACGACAGGGUGGAACCAGGCUUACUAUCACCGGAGAAAACUUGGGUCUGCAAUUCAGAGACAUCCAGACUGGCGUUCGUCUAGGAAAAGUGCCCUGUAUUCCUAUUGAAGAGGAAUAUGUUAGUGCAGAAAGGAUUGUAUGUCUGCUGAAUGACGCCACAGGAUACCGUAUACAGGAAGCUCAGGUUGAGGUGUGUGUGCGAGACUGUGUGGCCGACUAUAGAGCUCUCUCACCCAGGGCAUUCACCUUUGUGACACCAUACUUCGCACGUAUCCAGCCCGCUCAGGGGCCUCUCUCAGGUGGAACCAGAAUCACGAUUGAGGGAAACCACCUCAAUGCCGGCAGCUCUGUUUCGGUCAGCAUUGGUCGUCACCCAUGUCACUUUAAAAAACGGACUUCUAAAGAGAUUGUGUGCGUGACCCCAGGCGGCGUGAACUCUGGAAGCACUCCGGUCAUGGUGGACAUUGACUCCGCUGAGCUGAGGAAUCCUGAGGUGAAUUUUAACUACACAGAAGACCCCUCUGUCCUGAAGAUAGACCCGGACUGGAGCAUUGCAAGUGGUGGGACUCUGUUGACGAUCAGUGGCACCAACCUGGCCACCAUUAUUGAGCCAAAGAUCCGCGCCAAGUACGGCUCUGCUGAGUCUUUCCAUAACUGCACGGUGUUUAACAAUUCCAUCAUGGUCUGUUUGGCACCGUCGGUAGCCGACUCUGAGAGAGGGUUUGCGGAGACUGGUAGUGGACCAGACGAGAUCGGCUUCUACAUGGACAACGUCCACGCUCUCGUGGUUGUCAAUGAGAGCUUCAGCUACUACCCAGACCCUGUCUUUGAGCCGCUCAGUCCUACAGGCAUUUUGGAGCUCAAACCAACAUCACCCCUCAUUCUGAAGGGUCGUAAUCUGAUUCCAGCAGCUCCAGGUAACUCCAGGCUUAACUACACUGUGUUUAUCGGAGAGACACCAUGUAUUCUUACACUUUCGGAAACCCAGUUGCUCUGCGAGUGGCCCAACCUCACUGGCCAACACAAAGUUACGAUCCGGGCAGGUGGGUUCGAAUACUCGCCUGGUACGCUGCAGAUCUACUCCGACAGUCUUCUCACCCUGCCUGCUAUCAUCGGGAUUGGAGGAGGUGGAGGUCUCCUCUUGCUGGUCAUCAUCGCUGUGCUCAUCGCCUAUAAGCGCAAAUCCCGUGAUGCCGACCGCACUCUCAAACGACUUCAGCUACAAAUGGACAAUCUGGAAUCUAGAGUCGCUCUUGAGUGUAAAGAAGCAUUUGCCGAACUCCAAACAGACAUCCACGAACUGACCCAAGAGUUGGAUGGAGCUGGUAUCCCGUUCCUGGACUACAGGACGUAUGCUAUGAGAGUGCUGUUCCCCGGCAUUGAGGACCACCCGGUGCUCAAGGAGAUGGAGGUACGGGUGCAGGCUAAUGUCGAGAAGGCCUUGACUCUGUUUGGUCAACUCCUUACAAAGAAGCACUUCCUGCUAACAUUCAUUCGUACACUUGAAUCUCAGCGCUCCUUCUCCAUGCGUGACCGUGGCAACGUGGCCUCACUCAUCAUGACAGCUCUACAGGGAGAGAUGGAGUAUGCUACGGGAGUCCUCAAACAGCUGCUCUCUGACCUCAUCGACAAGAACCUGGAGAGCAAGAACCACCCCAAACUGCUGCUCAGGAGGACGGAGUCCGUUGCUGAGAAGAUGCUUACAAACUGGUUUACUUUUCUUCUGUACAAGUUCCUAAAAGAGUGUGCAGGUGAGCCUCUCUUCAUGCUCUAUUGCGCGAUCAAACAGCAGAUGGAAAAAGGCCCUAUUGAUGCCAUCACAGGAGAGGCCCGAUACUCCCUCAGCGAAGACAAACUCAUCCGACAACAAAUCGACUACAAGACAUUGACCCUACACUGCGUGAACCCAGAGAAUGAGAACGGCCUGGAGGUAACCGUAAAAUGCCUGAACUGUGACACCAUCACCCAAGUGAAAGAGAAGCUAUUGGACGCUGUGUAUAAAGGAAGUCCCUACUCACAGAGAAAUAAAGCUGGGGACAUGGACCUGGAGUGGCGUCAGGGACGGCUUGCUCGGAUCAUUCUACAGGAUGAGGACAUCACAACUAAGAUUGACAAUGAUUGGAAACGCCUCAACACACUGGCACACUAUCAGGUAACAGAUGGGUCAGUCAUUGCCCUGGUGCCAAAGCAAAACUCUGCGUACAACAUCUCAAACUCCUCCACCUUCACCAAAUCUUUAAGCAGAUACGAGAGCAUGUUGAGGACGGCCAGCAGUCCGGAUAGUCUGCGGUCCAGGACACCCAUGAUCACUCCUGAUCUAGAGAGCGGCACUAAACUCUGGCACCUUGUCAAAAACCACGACCAUGCAGACCAGCGCGAGGGCGACCGCGGCAGCAAGAUGGUGUCAGAGAUCUACCUGACACGAUUGCUGGCCACCAAGGGCACAUUACAGAAAUUUGUAGACGAUUUGUUUGAGACGAUAUUCAGCACGGCACAUCGUGGCAGUGCCCUCCCGCUCGCCAUCAAGUACAUGUUCGACUUCCUUGACGAACAGGCGGACAAACACUCAAUAACAGAUUCAGAUGUUCGACACACCUGGAAAAGCAACUGUUUGCCAUUGAGGUUUUGGGUGAAUGUGAUCAAGAAUCCUCAGUUUGUGUUUGACAUCCACAAGAACAGCAUCACUGAUGCCUGUCUCUCUGUUGUGGCACAAACCUUCAUGGACUCUUGUUCCACAUCUGAACACAAACUUGGCAAAGACUCUCCUUCUAAUAAGCUACUCUAUGCUAAAGAUAUCCCCAACUACAAGAACUGGGUAGAAAGGUAUUACUCAGACAUUGCUCGCAUGCCUGUCAUCAGUGAUCAGGACAUGAGCGCGUAUCUUGCAGAGCAGUCCAGACUCCACCUGAGCCAAUUCAACAGCAUGAGCGCCCUACACGAGAUCUACUCCUACAUCACAAAGUACAAAGAUGAGAUCCUGUCUGCACUACAGAAAGACGAGUUGUCCCGGCGACAGAGACUCCGCAGUAAACUGGAACAGGUUAUUGACACCAUGGCUCUGACGAGCUGAGGACCCCUUCCCUUCUCUCCACCCACCUGAGCUCCACCUCCACCCCCUGGCCCCACCCAAGCCCCUCCCACACACACAUGCUCACUCAACACUAAGCUGACGGACUGCAAGGACAGAAGCAGUACACUGGAGACCCCUCAGCCUAGGGUGGACAUCCUCAUUUAUCACUACCUUUGAACUCAACACACACCAGAAUGUCUCCCCGAACGUGAUGUCCAACCAAUAGGACUUUGUGACUGACAUUUAGUUUCAUUUUUUUAAUUCUUGUCGUUUCAGUGUGUGUUGAGACACAGUUGAACAUGCUUUUACUCACCAAGGAUGUCUUGUAUUAUGAGCCAGAAGACCUUAAAGCCAACGAAGGAUAACAGUGGUGAAUUUUUCAUGAACAUCAUUUUAUUUAGCGCGUAAUUUCACAAUAUUUUUUUCACUUUUUUCUCUUUGGGUUGAUUUGAACAACUCGCUUACUCCAGUC